AUGACACCUAUCAUUAUUCUUCAAGAAACAAAGAUGAUGCAGUGUACAAGCUUUGAUGUUAUGCAAAUCUGUGGUAAUAGUAAAUUUGGAUGGACUUUCCUACAAUUUGUUGGAAGUUCAGAAGGCAUGUUAAUACAUUGGUAUAACGACUUCUUGGAGGUUACAGAUUCUCUAGUUGGUGAUUAUACUCUUCCAAUAUCAUGUGUCAAUAAAUUUGAUGAUUUUGCGUGGGCCCUUACAAAUGUAUAUGGACCUAAAAACCCAAUUGAUAGAGAUGACUUUUGGGUUGAACUGGAUAAUGCCUGUAGUUACUGGGAUCUACCUUGGUGCAUAGGUGGAGAUUUCAACACUGUGAAAACUUGUGUUGAGAAGAAGAAUUGUACCAAACUGUCCGUUUAUCAAUUCACUUAUCCAUAA